AUGAACACGUCCACGCCGCGCUACGAAUGUCGUCGUGGUCUUUCCAGACGAACGAACGUUUUCUCAUUGAAUAUGCCAAGUAACGAUCAAACCAUUGAAAUGAGUGAUUUUGACGAACUUGAAAUUGAAAUGACUGACGAUGCCGACAGCGAUGAGGAAGCUAUGGGUGAAAAAUGCAUAACCCUCCUCUCCUCAUUGCUACCAUCCGGAUCGUGCCUCUAUCCACUACCAGAAUCGUUGUGCCGUCGUCACUCCACAUCACCGUUGUCGUCGCCGGAAUACGAGGAAAAACCCUCCGCUCCAACGGCUCUGACUAUACUAUCAUCUGCCGAAGAAGUUGUGGCAAAUUGUGCCGCUAGUAGCGACGUUGAGGUGGAGCACGACGACCACGACCACGAACAGCUACCACCUCCAGAGCAGGAAGAGCGCCAGGAAUCGACAGUACUAGAGCCGGAACCAGUGGAAGAAAUUGAGCAGUCGAUCAGCUGCGCUCGUGCUAGUUGUCCUCCUGGUUCUGUUUGUGUUAUGUUACGAAAGCCGAAAAGAUUUUUGCCACUAUUAUUAUUUUUUCUAUUAUUAUUAUUAUUAUUAUUAUUAUUAUUAUUAUUAUUAUUAUUAUUAUUAUUAUUAUUAUUAUUAUUAUUAUUAUUAUUAUUAUUAUUAUUAUUAUUAUUAUUAUUAUUAUCAUUAUUAUUAUUAUUAUUAUUAUUAAUUGGCCAUUAA